GAGAGGGAGGGAGAGACGGAGGGAGGCGCUGCCGCCGCGGCCCGGCGCGGCGAGCGGAGCAGAGCGUUGCGGAGCGGUUUCUUCUAAGUUUGCUGCACAGAAGUUACCUCUCCCUAUGGUGUUGCUUUAGCAUGCUGUUGAUCACGGCAGCUGUGAAGUCCCUCGCUAGCAGUGGAGAAUGAGUAAAGAAAGUGGCAGAAAGCUGGUGUAAAUGACUGCUGCUGCCUCUCAGAGCAAGAUAACCUGCUCAGUCAGCUGGAGCCCCCUGCGGACAGCUGUCUCGCUUUUAGCUGAUGGAAAACUGCUACUAACCGCUGAAUGGAAGAGCGUGGAGCAGCAACCAUACUAGGAGCAGUAGCCGCCGCCGCCGCUGCAGCAGCAAGAGCGAGCAAGGACUCUAUUGUUCCCUGGCGUUAAACAGUUUUUCCAUUUCAACUGCCAUGCACAAUAGCGGGAGAGAGGUUUCCAGUCCCCUUCUUCCUGUGAAGAAAUUCUGAAGAGGGGAAUAUUGUUUGAAGAAGGUUUUGUGGUUGUGCUGAGGGUUUUGGAGGCAGCAGCAGGCUGCUGAAGGCAUGGGGUUGAGCAAGGGGAGCGCUGCUCUCUGCCGUGGUCCAGGGGUUUCCACCGUGCCAGCCCGGUGCGUGGGAGUUCUUGUGCUACUGCUGCUGGGAAUCUGGGACGCUCAUGCACAAAGUGAAUUUCAAACUUCAUCAGUGUAUUUGUGGAAGACCGGUCCAUGGGGGAGAUGCAUGGGAGAUGAAUGCGGUCCAGGUGGCAUCCAGACACGAGCGGUGUGGUGUGCCCAUGUGGAGGGCUGGACCACGCUGCCCACAAACUGCAAGCAGCCGGAGCGGCCGGACAACCAGCAAAGCUGUUUUCGGGUCUGCGACUGGCACAAGGAGCUGUACGACUGGCAGAUUGGCAGCUGGAACCAGUGCCGGCCUGUUCUCUCCCGCAGCCAUGAGAAGCCCCUAGAGUGCGUCAGAGGGGAGGAAGGGAUCCAGACGCGGGACAUCACCUGUAUCCAGAAGUCCAAUGGGGUGCCGGCUGAGGAUGUCAUCUGCGAAUACUUUGAGCCGAAGCCCCGCCAGGAGCAGGGAUGCCUCAUACCGUGCCGGCAGGACUGCAUUGUGGCCGAAUUUGCCCCCUGGUCAGAGUGCUCAAAGACCUGCGGGAAUGGGCUUCAACAUCGAACUCGGCAUGUUGUAGCUCCACCACAGUUUGGUGGGUCUGCCUGUCCUAACCUCACCGAAUUUCAGAUCUGCCAGUCUAGCCCAUGCACUGCUGAAGAAAGCCUGUAUAGCCUAAACGUGGGACCUUGGAGCGCGUGCUCAGUGCCCCAUUCGAGACAAAUAAGGCAAACGAGGAAAAAAGGGAAGAACAAAGACAAGGAAAAGGACAGAGAAAAGGCAGUUCGGGAUCCUGAGGCUCAUGAGUUAAUUAAGAAGAAGAGGAAUAGAAACAGACAGAAUAGACAGGAGAACAAAUAUUGGGACAUACAAAUUGGGUACCAAACCAGGCAAGUCACAUGUACUCACAGAAAUGGAAAAACUGCUGCUCUGAGCUUCUGCAAACAAGACAAGUUGCCCAUUACGUUCCAGUCCUGUGUGAUCACGAAGGAGUGCCAGGUGUCAGAGUGGUCAGAAUGGACACCCUGCUCCAAAACCUGCUUUGACAUGACAACCCCUAAAGGGAAUCGUACAAGAUCACGGACCAUUAAACAACUCCCUAUCGGCAGUGAAAGUGAAUGCCCACAACUGGAAGAAACAGAGCAGUGUGUUUCUCAAGGAGAUGGUGUGGCACCGUGCAUUACGUAUGGUUGGCGCACCACAGAGUGGACAGAAUGCCGUGUCGAUCCUCUCCUUAGCCAACAGGACAAAAGGCGAGGAAAUCAGACAGCGCUGUGUGGAGGUGGCAUUCAAACCCGGGAAAUGUACUGCGUGCAAGCUAAUGAAAAUCUCCUCUCCUAUUUAAAUACCCUCAAGGAAAAAGAAGAAAGUCAGUCACAGAGCAAGUCGAAGGCUAGUGCUGCACCUCUGCUAUCGAUCACUUUUGAAAUAACAGCCUCGAGGCCAGUGGACCGUAGGCUGUGUACGGGACCUCUUCCCAGCACUUCCCAGUUGUGCCAUAUCCCCUGUCCUACAGAGUGUGAGACCUCAGCGUGGUCAGCUUGGGGACCAUGCACCUAUGAAAGCUGUGAUGACCCUCAGGCCAAGAAGGGCUUUAAGCUAAGGAAACGGCGCAUCACCAAUGAGCCUACUGGGGGAACAGGAAACUGCCCUCACCUGCUGGAAGCCAUCCCAUGCGAAGAGCCCUCCUGCUAUAACUGGAGAAUCAUGGGGCUGGAGGAGUGCAUUCCUGACAAUGAGAAGCCAUGUGGCCCUGGUACACAGGUUCCUGUUGUCAUCUGCGUCAACAGUGAUGGAGAAGAGGUUGACAGACAGCUGUGUAGAGAUGCUAUCUACCCGGUCCCGGUCGUCUGCGAAGCUCCAUGCCCGAAGGAUUGUGUUCUCAGCGUGUGGUCUGCGUGGUCCUCCUGCUCCCACACCUGCUCCGGCAAAACCACAGAAGGGAAGCAGAUGCGUGCCCGUUCCAUUCUGGCAUAUGCAGGUGAAGGAGGAAUACAGUGCCCAAAUAGUAGUGCACUACAGGAAGCGCGCAGCUGUAACGAACACUCUUGCACUGUGUAUCAUUGGCAGACCGGCCCAUGGGGACAAUGCAUAGAGGAUACGUCUGUCUCUGCUUUCAACUCCUCUGCCAGCUGGAAUGGGGAGGCCACCUGUUCCGUGGGGAUGCAGACAAGAAAGGUCAUCUGUGUGAGAGUCAACGUGGGACAAGUGGGCCCAAAAAAAUGCCCUGAGAGCCUCAGACCAGAAACUGUGAGGCCUUGUCUGCUUCCCUGUAGGAAGGACUGUAUCGUGACUCCAUUCAGUGACUGGACAUUGUGUCCUUCUUCAUGUCAAGAAGGAGGUGCCACAGUAAAGAAGCAGUCCCGUCACCGAGUCAUCAUCCAGCUCCCUGCCAACGGUGGUCGAGAAUGCCCAGACUCUUUGUUUGAGGAAAAGGAAUGUGAAGCUUCUCCUGUGUGCUAUAGCUACAGGUGGAAGACCCACAAGUGGCGCAGGUGCCAGCUAGUACCAUGGUACGUGCGCCAAGACAGUCCAGGAGCACAUGAGACUUGUGGACCUGGGCUACAAGCAAGAGCAAUUACUUGUCGCAGACAAGAUGGAGGACAGGCUGACAUCAGUGAGUGCCUUAAAUAUGCUGGCCCAUUACCAUCCCUAACACAGAUGUGCCAGAUUCCCUGCCAAGAUGACUGUCAAUUUACAAACUGGUCAAAGUUUUCUUCCUGUAAUGGGGACUGUGGAGGAGUCAGGACAAGAAAACGCACUCUUGUUGGAAAAAGUAAGAAAAGAGAUAAAUGCAAAAAUUCUCAGUUGUAUCCUCUGAUUGAGAAUCAGUUUUGUCCGUGUGACAAGUACAGUGCCCAGCCUGUGGGAAAUUGGUCGGACUGUAUUUUACCAGAGGGCAAGAUGGAAGUAUUGCUGGGAAUGAAGGUGCAAGGAGACGUUAAGGAAUGUGGACAAGGGUAUCGGUACCAGGCCAUGGCAUGCUAUGACCAAAACAAUCGACUUGUGGAAACAUCACGAUGCAACAGUCAUGGUUAUAUUGAGGAAGCCUGUAUUAUUCCAUGUCCCUCAGACUGCAAGCUCAGUGAAUGGUCUAACUGGUCUCGCUGUAGUAAAUCCUGUGGGAGUGGGGUAAAGGUUCGGUCUAAAUGGCUCCGUGAAAAACCCUACAAUGGUGGAAGACCCUGUCCAAAGCUAGAUCACGUCAAUCAGGCUCAGGUGUAUGAGGUAGUUCCCUGCCACAGUGACUGCAGCCAGUACAUAUGGGUUACUGAGCCCUGGAGUGUCUGCAAGGUGACCAAUGUGGACUUAAAAGAGAACUGUGGCGAAGGUGUUCAAACAAGGAAAGUCAGGUGCAUGCUAAACACUGCGGAUGGUCCUUCUGACACUGUAGAGGACUAUCUCUGUGAUCCUGAAGAGAUGCCACUUGGUGCUAGAAAAUGCACGCUACCGUGUCCUGAGGACUGUGUUAUGUCUGAAUGGGGAUCAUGGUCUCGAUGUUCCUUGCCAUGCAAUGGAAGUAGUGUCCGUGAAAGGUCAGCUGAAUCCCUGAGACAACCAAAUGAUGGAAAGUCUUGUCCUACUUCCACCGAGACAGAAAUCUGCACUUUGAACAAAAACUGCUACCACUAUGACUACAAUGUGACAGACUGGAGCACAUGUCAGCUCAGCGAGAAGGCUGUGUGUGGUAAUGGUAUCAAAACACGGAUGCUCGACUGUGUUCGCAGUGAUGGCAAAUCAGUUGACCUAAAGUACUGUGAAGAGCUUGGAUUGGAGAAGACAUGGCAAAUGAAUACAUCCUGUGUGGUGGAAUGUCCUGUGAAUUGUCAGCUCUCUGACUGGUCCCCUUGGUCUGAAUGCUCUCAAACAUGUGGCCUUACAGGAAAAAUGAUCAGAAGAAGGACCAUAAAUCAGCCAUUUCAGGGUGAUGGGAGGCCUUGUCCUCCUCAGAUGGAGCAAUUCAAACCCUGUCCAGUAAAACCUUGUUAUCGAUGGCAGUACGGUCAAUGGUCUGCAUGCAGAGUAGAGGAUGCUCAGUGUGGAGAAGGAACACGAGUGAGGAACAUUUCCUGUGUCGUUUUUGAUGGAUCCAUUGAAGAUGUUGGCAAAGCAGUAGAUGAGGAAUUCUGUGGAGAAAUAGAGCCUAUUAUAGAUGGUAAUAAGAAGAUAAUACUUGAGGAAACCUGCACUGUCCCUUGCCCAGGGGACUGUUACUUGAGAGAGUGGUCGGAAUGGAGCCUUUGUCAGCUAACCUGUGUUAAUGGUGAGGAUCUUGGCUUUGGAGGGAUACAAGUCCGAUCUCGGGCAGUGAUCAUUCAGGAAUUAGAGAAUCAACACCUCUGUCCAGAACAGGCUUUGGAAACAAGACCAUGCAAUGAUGGCCAGUGCUAUGAAUACAAGUGGAUGGCAAGCCCAUGGAAGGGCUCUUCUCGAACCGUGUGGUGCCAAAGGUCAGAUGGUUUAAACGUCACAGGGGGCUGUUUAGUGAUGCGCCAACCAGAUGCUGACAGGUCAUGUAACCCACCGUGCAGUCAACCCCACGCUUACUGCAGUGAGACUAGAACGUGCAGUUGUGAAGAUGGAUACACUGAAGUUAUGUCUUCCGAUGGCACACUUGAACAGUGCACUCUCAUCCCAGUGGUGGUGAUCCCCACCAUGGAGGACAAAAAGGGAGAUGUGAAAACCAGUCGAGCUGUGAACCCUACCCAGCCCUCCAGUAACCAGUCAGGACGAGGAAGGACCUGGUUUCUGCAGCCUUUUGGGCCAGAUGGGAGGCUGAAGACCUGGGUUUAUGGUGUAGCUGCUGGUGCAUUUGUUUUACUCAUCUUUAUUGUUUCUAUGAUCUAUCUAGCCUGCAAAAAGCCAAAGAAGCCCCAGAGAAGGCAGAACAACCGACUGAAACCUUUAACCUUGGCUUAUGAUGGCGAUGCAGAUAUGUAAAAUAUAACUUCUCACGGUGACAAAUGGAGUCUCAAUUAAUGGAUUGAAAUCAAAAGGUAUCCAAAGCCACAGGGAUUUUCUAUGGAGUGGAUUAAGUGUUUUGACUUUUCCUUUUUUGUAACUGCACCAUAGAUAAAGAAGGAUGGAUUUCAUAAUGCCUAUGGAUAUUCAAGGUAUUAUUGCUUUACUUUAAACCAUUAGCACUGAGAAAUCUGGCAGAAUCAUGUUGACACUGCAGUUGGAGAUUUGUGGUCUUUCCUCAAUCUUACAAACUGUAAAGCACCACUGCUGUCUCCAGAAUACUGUAGCUGACAUAGUAUUAACAGUUGGAAGCCCUUGCAUCAUUAACCAAGUAUAAUCAGUACGCAUGAAGAGUUUGUACCAAGCUGUUUAUGACUCUUUAUAUUCAAGCAUAACAUAUAUACUCAGUUGAACCGUAUGUAUUACUCUACCAGAUUAUAUACUUGUUAAAGAGCAUUUUAGUGCUUACUACAAUAUUAACUUUUAACUGGGAUUAAUCCACUGAGCAAGUUCAACAGUUUGCCAGUUGAUGAUAACUUGUGUUAACCUGCGUUUCAGAGGGCAAUGACUCACUUGCAAAAUUCUGUCCUGUUAUGACUACAAGGUAUAGAGGCCUCAUAUACACAUCUAGAAAGGAGGCAUUCUCAGAUUCAGUAUUUUCUAGUGGUUGCUGUCUGGAAAAAGAAUACCCAUUGUAAAUGUUACAAUACAUUUCUACUUUCUCUAACUCAAACUGUUGCCUGCAUCUUUUUUGCUACAUGUAAGGCAAAUUUUUGCACUAUAUUAGUGCAGCAUGAUAUGCACUUAACUAGUAUUGCCAGAGAAACUGCCUCUUUUCAGAAAGGAUAAUGAUGUAUCUUGUGCAAGGAGUGUCAAGUAGACAGGUCUUGAAUCCUGAAGAGAGUAGCAUUUGGUUUGGACUGUGACUGGAUGGAAUUGGCUAAUGACGUGUACUGUACACACCAUUUCUUGUCACAGCGGCCAUUCAUAGUCUACAUUAUGGCAGUAAUACAAGUGUCUAGUUUCUUGCCCCAUCUACCUAUACUGGUAUAGAUUGUCCUGCUGGUUUCUAAUUGUACUUUGAAGGCUGUUUAUGACUAGAUUUUUUAUAUUUGUUAACUUUGUUAGAAAAAAAAAGAAAAGAAAAAGAAAAGUGGUUGCCGUGUAAUCCUGAGUGACAUACUUACUAUCUAAAAAGGUAUUCUGAUUGUUCAACAAAAAUAAAAUGGUUUUGCUUUUUUUUUUCUUUCCACUAGUGAGAGCGUUUUCACUGUUGCUGACAGUGCAAUACUCAGAACCCUUUUGUCUUUUCUAAUCAGGAUAAUUGGAUAGACUUUUAAUUAGUCAGUUAAACUCUUGAGUAUACUGGCAAGUAAACAAUAAGAUCAAUAGUUCUGCCAUUUUAAUACUCAUGACUUUUUUAAAACCUCUAGCAGUAUGAAAACUCACUGUUAACCUUUUCUGUGCUCAUGGCUUUUCAGUGUUACGCUUCCAACAUGAAGCUCAUUGACUUGCCACUGUACCGACCUGCCUGUUAUAUAUGUGAUUUGUGACCUGAGAAGGGUUAUUCUCAUCAAAUGGCUUCUAUGUGUAGCCUGAACGUACAAGAGACUGUGCCACUACUAAGCAAUACAAAACUUUAUCAGGCAACCUCUCAAAAAUAAUUGUUAUAUAAAAUUCAAUAUUAGGUUCUCAGGUCUUUUUUAUAACCUAAACCAUUUCUGCCUACUCAUCACGCUAUUUACUCAAGAAGCACCAGGUUUUGCACACUGAAUAAAACUGUAUUUUUGCAAACUUUGGCCCAGAUCCACUGAAACUGAUGACAUGACUCUUAUGGACAUUGAUCGGUAACAUCAGUCCUUAAAAAUACCUACCUUUGUUCCAUGUAGAAUAAUUCUUGGAACCAAUGUGUAUUUUGUGAAAGUUUAAGAGAGAUUAUGGUUAUGGUCCUACUACAACUUAGCUAACUUACUUAUAUUACCAUGCAUCAAGAAAAUUACCUUCCUCCCACUGCACAAGUAUUCCCCAAAUGGGAAUGAUAAGCAGAGUGGAACAACAGUAACAAUCUUUUGUACAGGUUUAAUUUCCCAUUUUCUACCUUGAUCUGGCUGCAGCUAAUGACGUGCCAUGGCCCCCUGCCACAGCAGUGGUUCAUUCAUAUAUGUGUUGCAUGACUGGGGAAUUCAGUCUUUCUUACAUUGCUUUGUGAAGUAUAGUUAAAAAAAACCCCAAAAAACAAAAAAAACAAAACCAAGAAGUCUUGGUGAUUUUAAUUACUUCAGUAUUCUUUAGUAGAAAACAAGAAAAAGCCAAGUUGAUUCCUGUUUUGUCAGACAUACAUACAAAAAAUGAUGUGGAAAAGUUACAAAAUUUCAAAGAAUGAUAACUAUCAUGUGGAGACAUAAAGCUUAAUCAUGAUUUGUGUAUUUUCAAAAGUCUGAUUCUGUGUUGUCAAAUAGUAUUGGACCAAUAGGGAAUUGAGGGAACAGGGUUUCUUUCAUUGGCAAGGAGUCAUCUUUAUUUAUUAUACUAGCUGGUCUUAGCAGGAGCUGUUGCGUAGGUCUUGCUUUGAAGAUUUUUACUUCCUAAAUCUAAGAAUUUAAUAACUUGAAGUUAAAGGUAUGACAUCUCCUUUUUCUCACUAUAUAAAAUGGACAAACAAAGAAAAAGAUGGGAGGGGUUUUUAAGUAUGUUUGGCCUUUGCAAUCCAUGCAAGUAUUUAAUAUGUGUUAUACUUUAUAUCUGAUCAGUGAAUUUUGCUGAUGCGCAACUGCAUCAUACUAGUGCUGCAUUUUAAUUCAAGAGUGCAUUUUUAUUAUCUUUUUUCACUAAGAAAGUGCACAAAAAUUUGAAGCCAGAAUGGUCCCUUGUUAUCAAGAAAAAAAUAUUAGACUAUAAGGAGGGCUGAAAUUUUAUAUAAAGCUAAACAUUGCAAAGGUGAUUAAGCCCUUUAGCAUUGAAACAGAAAUAAAAAAUGGAAUUAUCGGUAUGAUCAGGUGAAUUAUCAGUAUAGAAUUAAAAGCAAUUUGGUUUAAAAAUCAGAGUGCUUCUACAAAUCCAGUGCCUAAAGCAGCCACUACCGUAGAUUGUUAGUUUGUGAAAGUAAUGUUUCCACUGAUCAAAUAAACCAUUCAGAAAAUAGCAAAGUAGACAUUUUCCUGUGGAUGUGGUGGUUUGUAUUUUCCUUUUUAAAUCUGUAGUUUCUAGAUUACUGUGUCUGCUUUGAGUCCUGGAGCAGAUCCUCUUUGAAGCUUUGAUGCAACUGCACAAGCUUGUUUAUGUUUGGUAAUAAAGCAUCAAUUUUGAAACUCCCUUCCUCCUGCGAAAAUGUAAUAAAGUUUGUUUUCUAAUAUUACAAUCUGAAGAGACCAAUUUAAAAACAAACUAUGUAUAAUCACUGUAAAAUAUACUUUGAAUGAAAUGGAAAUCUGUCUCUUUACCUUUAUGUAAAUUGUGCUCACCCAAAGUUAAGAGUUUAUUUUGCCUAACUUAAUUUACUUGAAUAUUUAUUUUGUAGAACAAGGAGGCAGCUGUCUGAGGAAUGUUUACCUUUUUUUGUUAAUGUUAAUUUGUAAAUUGUGUAAUGCAUUUUUAUUUUUUAAAUUAUGUAUAUUUCUUUUUUAAUGCACAAAAUGUUUACGUACAACUACUGCAAAUUUGUGUAUAUUGUCA